UUAGCAGAGGUAGAGUGGAGAGGGUGGCUAGUUGGGAACGUCAGGAUCGGAUGGGGAUUGGUUUGUCGUGAUUUUUUACAGGUGUGAUUUGUGUUGUGUUUAUAUAGUUUAUAAAUGAAAACACUUCUUAUUUCAUUUUCUAAAGACAAUACCAACACAAGAAACCUGCAUAUACACGGACGCUGCAGUGUCAACACAUUUCGAGAAGCCCGGGGUUUGGUCAUGUGAAUUUGUGUCAAUUAUUUGCUGAGUCUGAUCGAGGCUUCCAUCAUUUUUUAAGAUCAAAUAAAUAAGUUCCUGUAACGCCGUCCAUCGCGGCUUUAAAUUAAACAAGCAUGUGUUUAUGAGUGGAGCACAGGAGAUGGGGGGCGCGCGGUUCGUCGCGUGCGCGCUGCUGCUGCUGUGUCCGCUGGCCCUGAGUCGCCACGACGAGGACUUUGCCUUCGACAACAGCGAGGAGUUCCAGGUUGAACUAACAGCAAACCAUUCAGAAAUAGCGAAAAAUGGCCUAAAAAGGUUAUGGGGUGUUCCUGACACAUCGGCCUACGUGGGACACUUGUUCCGAAUGGAAAUACCCAAACAAGCAUUCACCGGCGACGUACUAGCGUAUAAGGUCCACAGUGAAGAUGGCCGCCGAACGCCAAGCUGGCUGGCCGUGGACUCGAGACACGGGCUGAUCAGCGGCGUACCGCAACCGCAGGACCUCGGCUCGCACACCUUUACUGUCACCGCGCAUGGACGGACCCGCGGGCUCAGUGCGUCCGACUCGUUCACUAUCGAGGUGAAGAAAGCGGAAGAAAAACCCCACUCCAGAUAUGGCUCUUGCGUGGGCUCCGAAAACCGUCUAGUGCUUGCAGUCCUGGUGGACGGCGCUUUCCAGAAUAUCUCGCCGCGGCAGCGGAUACGCGCGCUCAUGGAACUCGCCAGCUUCAUGGCCCUAGACUGGGACGAGUUCUGGAUCGAGCCGUACAAGGCGGAAACGGCGCGGACGCAGUCGGUGCUGAUGAGCGGUGCCGGCUCCGCCUCGCGCAGGCACGGCGACGCCACGACUGCCAUCUGCUUGAAUGUGGGCUGUGGCGAGAAACUAUGGAGCCGACAUAAGGUGUUGGUCGCAGGUCUACGCGAGCAGUCCCGCGACGGCACGCUGGCGCACCUGCUGCGGCUGCCCGUCAUCGGCUGGAGGCUGACGGCCGUCAAGCCUGUGCCUCGGCUGAAAAGACAGUCACCGCAAGACCUGGACGACGGUUCCGGCGCGGGCUACGACAACUACGACGACGAGGAGGACGCGGGCGACUACAGCGGCUACGACGACGCCGAGGACGACGACAUUUACAAGGACGUCGACCCGCCCGCCGGGCCCGAGCUGCUGGAGCCCAAAGUGAAAAUCACUCCGUACGGCGCCGAAACAGCAUCAGAAGCCAGUAUUGUCAGUUAUUCUGCCGUCCCAGCAGCAAUUCCCAGGGGCUUCGACCAUGACCAUGUUAUCAUAGUACCCGGUGAUGAUGCCACCACCACCGAAGCCGAAACGCAGACCGUUAUAAUUCGCGCGUCCAACGAGCCCUCUUCCACCGAGCCGCCACCCUCUUCCACCACGCCCGAGGCUCCAGCUCCCACACCCGCCGCCACGUCCUCCACCACCACGACGACCACCGAGCCGCCGACCACGACGUCCACCACCUCGACGACCACCACCACCUCGACGACCACCGCGGCGGCGCUGCCUGAGACUGAAUUUACGGAAGUCACGAAGGAGGAGUCUGUCACACCAUCGGAACGAUCAAGCACAAUCUUCGGUCGGACCACUGAGACUGUGACGUUCCCAAUACCUGUGACCAAGAAACCGCCAUCGCUCAAACACCACAUGAAGAAGGUUGCCACUGCUGCUGGGAAAGCAUUUAGAUACGUGAUCCCCGCGAACCUGUUCACGGACCCCGAGGACGACAACAACCUGACAUACAGCAUGUACAUGAAGGAGGGCACCAAGCUCGGCAAGAACUCCUGGAUACAGUUCCUGCCUUCCAAACUGGAGGUGUAUGCAUUGCCUUUAGAAGCGCACGUGUCUCGCUGGAACUUCGUGAUCGAAGCACAAGAUAGCGAGGGCCGGACAGCUCAAGGACCGCUCGAUAUCACCGUCCAACAGCACAAAGCCGCCCGGACAAUCAACCACCAAUUCGUCAUGCACUUCAAACUGAACAAAACCUUCACGUACGACCUGGACUGGCAGAUCCGCGCGCUCGAAGGCAUCGUCAACCUGCUGGCCACGGACAUGCACCACAUCACCGUGCUCAACGUGUCGCAGAGCGGGGACGUCUGCGAGUUCGUGUGGACCAACGACACCCUGCCCAAGGAGACCGCGUGUCCCAUGGAUGAUAUCAAGAGACUGAUGCAGAUAAUGGAAUCGAGCCCCGAAUCUCACAUACCAUCGGAGCGCAUGCUGGACGUGAUGUCGCCCGAGCUGCAGGUGCUGGACGUGGCGUGGCGCGGCGCCGGCCGCUGCCUGGGCGCCGCGCCCGCGCCCGCCACGCGCGCGCCCGACACCUACCCGCCCGUCACGCGCAACCAGGUCGACGUGCUGCGCGCCACCGUCGGCCACCUGCUGCUCUACAAGGUGCCCGAGGACACAUUCUUCGACCCCGAGGACGGUGGCACGCGCAACCUCGCGCUGUCUCUCCGCUACCAGGACCGCAGCGAGCUGCCCGCGCCGCACUGGCUGCAGUUCGACGCGCGCAACCAGGAGUUCUACGGCCUGCCCUCCGCCACAGACGUCGGCACCGUCCACUACCAGCUGAUCGCCGAAGACUCAAGCAAGAAGAGCGCCUACGACAGCCUCAUAGUGGAAGUAAUGAAGGCACCUGCCAUAAAGCCCACCGUCGAGUUCCAGAUGACGCUGGACUACGACUUCGAGCAGCUGGCGCACAGCGCCAAGAACAAGAAAAAGAUCGUCGAGAAACUCGCUGCGCUGUUCGGGGAUAAGGACACCAGCAAUAUUAGGAUUCGGAACAUCACGGACCAUCCUCAUGCUAGCACAACUAUUAUUUGGUACAACACCAGCUUACCAAUGGACAGCUGUCCAAAGGACAAAAUAGAGACGCUCCGCAAAAUGAUAAUCGCGGACGACGGCGCUCUGAAAGACAUCGUCGACACCGUGUUCGACAAGGAGAAGGUGAUGUCGAUAACGCUGAUCCCGCUGGGGCUGUGCGGCGAGCAGAGCACGAAGAUCGUGCGGCCGCCGCCCGCCGCCGCGCCCGGCGCCGCCCCGCCGCGCGCGCCCGGCGCCGCGCCCGCCUACACCGAGUACCUCGUCACCUUCGUCAUCCCCGCCGUCGUCAUCGUCUGCAUGCUGCUCGUGGCCGGCGUCGUCGCCUGCGUGCUCUACAGGAGGCGGCGAACCGGAAAAAUGAGCGUCGGCGACGAGGAGGAGCGCCAGGCGUUCCGCUCGAAGGGCAUCCCCGUCAUCUUCCAGGACGAGCUGGACGAGCGCGCCGACGCCGAGCCCGUGCACAAGAGCCCCGUCAUCAUGCGCGAGGAGAAGCCGCCGCUGCUGCCGCCGGCGCCCGACUACCGCGCCGACGACGCGCCCUACCGCCCGCCGCCGCCCUUCGCCGCCUCGCGCACGCCGCCGCGGCCCAAGGCCACGCCCACCUACAGGAAGCCUCCCCCGUACGUCCCGCCUUAAGGCUCCUCGUCUGUGGUCCAGCUCGAUCCCGUGUCGUUCAUCGCUAACUACCAUUCUCGUUCGGAAUCAGCUUUACUAGUCGACGAUAUCCAAAUUUUUUCCUAUUUAUUUUUUUCGCCCUUCGCCGCGAUGCGCUGUAGUUAUGAAAUGCAUUUAUUACAAAAUUAUUGAUAAGUAGGGUUAGCCUCGUAUCGUCGAAACAAGGAAUUGCACGUUAACGUUUAAAGUGGCCGCGGGUUUCUUCGUCGUUAUUUAAGUCACGAAAUAGAAUUGUGAAGUUUUUUAUACAUAUUUCGAUUGUGUACGGUGGUGAAUUCGCGAAACAAUAAUUAAGUGUUAUUAUUGUUGAAGUAGAUGACGUUGUUAGCUCUUAGCGUAGGAGGAGCUCUGUCAUUAAUGAUAUCACGUCUAGUGCAACGAUUUGUGAGUGCUAACCUGAUAAGUGAUUUUGAACCUACAUACUUGCGUAAUAAGGUUCCAUUAUGAAUGUUUGUAGUAAUUUCGAAGCGAAGUCAUUUCAUGGGUAUAUUAUUUGCUCUUACAUUUUGUUGCCUAGACAUGAGAUGGAACUUCUGUAUGCGUCACAUGAAGUAUACUAUGUAACAUACGCACCGCAUUAGUAGUGAGGUUCGGCUUGAAGCGUGCCAUUUCGAACAUGUGACAUUUAAAGUAAACAUAUCGAGAACUGUAAUGUAACAUGUUAGCCUUUAGCGUAGUUCUUCCAUACACGAUAUUUUGUAACACAAUUAUGUAAGUAGUGUAUGCAUGCGACGUCGUGAUAUGAGGUGUCAGUCGCAUACACCUACAGUAGAUACCUGUCAUAAAGAUGUAUACAAUUUUUCGUCUUAUUUCUAGGGCAAAACUGUAUAAAUAUUCAUGAUGUUCACUGUAGUGUCGGGCUAGCUCGAAUCUAAUCCUAAGUUCGCCGCCGGAACGAAGUACUUUGCGUCGGCAACUGUUAAUGACAAUUAACGAUCUUGUAUUAAUAAAAAUAUACAACCGACUUUAAUCCUAGGCUACGAAUAGAUAUUUUUAAGGAUAAAAUAUCAUUUUGUACUUGUCUAAUUAUUACCAUAGGGUAUAAGGUUAACAAAUGUGUAAACGAUAGAGACUAUGAACGAAAUGAGCUAUAUAAAUAACUUUCCUUUGGAUGUAUUUUUUUCUACUGUACUCAUUUAGAGUUUGCAUUUAUAGAUCUUUUUAGUGUUAUUAUUAUACAAUUUUAUAGGACAGCGAGGUUUUUUCUUUUCUUUAUAUUUGUUUCUUAAUAGGUGUACUUAAUUGUGUACGUUAACAAAUACCGAACCAUUACUGUCAUUUGAUAGACUUAAUGUUGAUCGAUAAUACGCACAUAAUCGUAAGUUAUUCGAGUUUUUUGAGUUCGUAUAAAAUCGGCAAAAAUUUGACUCCUGAUUCUGUCAAAGACCAUUUAUAUUAUAUGUGCUUCGUGACAGGGUUAAGAAUUUAUUGACAAAGGGAUUUAAUUUUUGCGAUCAUUUAUACUCAAGGGUAAGACUAUGUCGAAACUCCAUUAAAUUUUAGCGGGUCUGUGUAUGUAAUCUGCAAUCUAGUCCAGACAGCUAUAAGCCAAGAAGUGAUUUGACACACAAGUAAUAAGAUAACGGAGUUUUCUUCAUAUAAAUACCUAACAAAUGUUUGUAUUUGACAGGUUUUUUACUUGGAAAUAAAAUAAAAUGGUCUAGUAAA